AUGGAGGUCAAAAUACUGUCAAAGAAGCUCAUAAAACCAUCAUCUCCAACACCAUCCCACCUCAGGCACUUGACAUUAACCCCAGUUGAUCGACUUGCACCUCCAAUCAAAGCAUCUAAUAUUUUCUACUACCCUGCCAAAGGGAGCAACCCGGCGGUUGAUGUUGAAAGACGGAAUCGUUUGGAGACAUCUCUGUCAGAGAUCUUGACUCGUUUUUACCCGCUAGCAGGAAGAUACGUCAGGGAGAGUCACUCAGUUGAUUGUAAUGAUGAAGGGGUUGAAUAUUUGGAGGCCGAAGUGGAGGGUAAACUCAGUCGACUUCUAAGCAGGAGAAAUGAGGUCAUAGAGCAGGUGAUUCAGUUAGCAGGCGGAGAAUUCACCAAUUCGCUAGCUUCAGUUCAGGUCACCGUGUUUGCCUGCGGGGGAGUAACCAUUGGAGUUCGCAUUCGCCACAGCGUUGUUGAUGGAUUCACUGCUGCUCACUUCAGUAGUGCUUGGGCGACUGCAAGCAGAGAAAGCAUGGAUAAAGUUAUUUGGCCAAGUUUCGAUUUGGCCUCUUUCUUGCCAGUAAAAGAUUUACCUAUGGUCAAGCCACGCCCUCCCCCUAAGAUCUUUGGAGCUGAUAAGGUCAUGACCAGGAGGUUCAUAUUCGAUGGGGCCAACAUAUCGUCCCUUAAAGCCGCAGCUUGCGAUCCCAGCUUCAAACGGGAGCCUUCUCGGGUUGAGGCCGUUACAGCACUCAUAUGGAGAGCUCUCAUGGUUGUAAGCCGAGCGAAACAUGGACGCUUGAGGACUUCCCUGGCUUCCCAUGCCAUGAACUUGCGUGAAAAAAUCGUUCCACCAUUACCAGGCAUUUGUUGUGGAAACCUCUACACAGAGGUGCCAGCCACAUUUAUGGCGGACAGUGGCAAAACCGAGCUGCCCAAUUUGAAGGAUUUGGUGGGUCUACUAAGGGAGGUAAAAUUUAAAGAAUCAGUGAGUCGCGAGGAUGUGUUGUUGACUGUUAUAAAAUCGACGAAUGAGUUACAUGAAGCUUUGGGUAAAGAGGAUAUAGAUGUGUACAACUUCACCAGCUGGUGCAGGUUUCCUUUCUAUGGGAAUGAUUUUGGUUGGGGAAAUCCUGCUUGGAUGACCAGAUGUCAUACCCCUGUUGAAAUGAUCAGUCUGCAGGACACGGAAUGUGGGGAUGGAAUUGAAGCUUGGGUGACCUUGGAAAAAAAAGACAUGCUUCAAUUCCAGCAAGAUGGGGAUAUUGUGUCCUUCAGUUCCAAUGGAGCUCCUUGA